AUGGAAUACCGCGAUGAGGCACAGGUUUUCAAAGAGGUCCGUGGACGUUAUCUAUUGGGGCAUUAUUCUGCAUUGGAAAGCAGAAUAAUCUGGACAUCAUGUUUCCGAAUGAAGGAAUGCAAUGGGAGGAAGUUGGAGGGAGAACAGUACGACCUUUUGAGCGUGGGGCAACGUCGAUUGAAACGCUACAUCAACCAGGAGUCGCCAAGUUGGGACUGUAAUGUUAUUGCUGGGGUAUAUUAUGUUUUUCUUGUCAUAGUAUGUGCCAGAUAUAUUACUGUGAGUUCCAAAUAUCCCGUUUGGUUUUGCUGCCCCAGCUCCCCCCCCUUUUCUUUGUUGACUUAGUAUUCUAGUUCGUCAUCGGUGAAAUUGAAGUAGACCCCAUUUACCAACGUCUUUUCCUGCUCAGCUUAGCAGGAAUAAUAUUGUCGUGGGUCAAGCUAGCCAGUCUGAAGCCUUCUAGAGCGCGCCGGAUCAGAAAGAGAUACAUGGAAGCUGUUUCCUUGGAGACUCUGAACAAGAGUGAUUCGAUGGAUAUGGAGAAGUGCGAAUGCGAAAUCUAUAACUACACGUGGAUGAAACUAAGUCCCGAGGAUCAAGACGCUGCGAUUGAAGAUGCGAUUGACUAUUGGGCAACGUUAGAGGUAAAUCUUGUCUGUAUGACGGCGUUCACAGUUAUCUAUCUCUUCGCUCUCAUUUUUAUUUACCUCUUGGCAUAGUAAUUGGCUUUCAUCUCAAAGGUAAUCGUGUUUGAACCACAUAAUGCGCAGAAGUGCAUGUGGGGACGAAAUGAUACCAAAUGAAUAUUAGAUGCAACAUUCAUGCCAUGUUCCAUUUAUGAGUACUCCGUGAGAUGGAUCAAAACUUUGAAUGUGAAACAUAUCCUAAUACUGUGCCCUCUUUCAUGCCAACAAGUCAGGACGUAUUGUGAGUCGAUUCAAANGGGGGGGGGCUUCUCAGUAUGAUCCCUUCAAAUGAAAUAUUCCCAGGCCCCUCUGUGGGUAUCGAAAAUAAAUAUAUAUUAAAGGGGCACGGGAAAAGUUGAGCGAGAAUAGGUGCAGGAAAUUAAGGUUCUCGCGUAAACGCAUGUAUGAGGUAAAAACUCUGGGUAGUUUGUGAAAAGCCCUUACUAACACCAUGUCCACCAUCUUGUUUCCUGCCAACCAAAUAGUAUACUUUCAGAAUACGAAAGCUAAAGACAAACGUCUCCUCGAUAGAAACCAAGCACAGAAAGCGAGAAUACGACCCCCAAUAGCUCCUAUUCAUGCCCAAGAUCGCAAAACCCAAGAAAGCAAGAAACCAUCAUCCAAGAAACGUCACUCGAAACGCAUAAAACAUAAUGCUCAGCAAGCCAAAACUCAGAGAAACCAAAAUCCCAAAUUCUAA